UUCCACAACACCUUCCAGCCACACCACCUGCACAAACAACACUCACUUCAACAAAACUCACCCCUCAUACCACUCCAAACUCGCCCAUUAUGUCAUCCAUGCGCAACGCCGUCCAGCGGCGCAAUCACAAGGAGCGCGCACAGCCCGAAGAGCGCAAGAAAUGGGGUCUGCUCGAGAAGCGCAAGGACUACAAGCUGCGCGCAGCGGACCACCGGCAGAAGAAAGCGAAGCUCAAGAUCCUCUCCGAGAAAGCACGCGACCGCAACCCCGACGAGUUCUCGUUCAAGAUGAUGUCUUCGAGCGUUGACAAUAAGGGCCGCAAAGUGGCAGACCGCGGCAACGAGGCGCUGAGCAUGGAUGUGGUGAAGCUCCUUAAAACGCAGGAUAGCGCAUACAUUCGCACGAUGCUGCAGCAGGUGCGCCGCGAGCGGCAGAAGCUUGAAGAGCGGUUGGUGCUAGAAGACCAGGAGGUCCGGACACUGAAGGAUGGGAGCGAAGAGAAGCAGGGCAAGCACAGGGUAUUUGUGGAGAAUGAGGAGGAGCAGGAGGAGUUUGAUGCAGACAAGUGGUUUGGAGAGGGCAGGGCAAUGCCGACGGCGAGCCGGCUGGAGGUUCCUGCUGCAUGGGAGGACGACGAGGACGAGGAUGAUGACGAGGAUGACGACGAAGAGGAGGAGCAGAGACCGCAGAAGAAGACGCCAUCCGCGAAGAAACUGAGGGAGCAGGCAGAGAAGGUCAAGCAGAUGAAGAAGUUUGACAAGACACGGUCACGCGCACAGUCAAGAACAGCGUUUCGACUGCAGAUGGUCAAGAAGAAAGAGCGCGAGCUCGUCGCCGCAGAAGAAGAGUUGGAGAAGCAGCGGGCUAAGAUGAACAACAGCGUCGGCGGCAUCAACAAGAACGGCGUCAAAUUCAAGAUCAGGGAGCGCAAGCGCUGAUUAAUGAUACCCCUACAACCGCGCCGGCAUCCUCAUCGCGCCGUCUAACCUCAGCACCGUUCCGUUCAGCAUCUGAUUUCCCACCACCUCCACCACCAGCCUCGCAAACUCGUCUGGUUCGCCUGCGCGCUUGGGGAACUCCAUGCUGCUCUCCAGGCUCUUCUUAACCUUUGCGCUCAUCAUCUUCGUCAUCGCGCUAUCAAACAUACUCGGCGCAAUGGUGACGGCGCGGAUACCGUACUUGCUGAGGUCCCUCGCCAGCGGGAGGGUCAGGCUCGCAACCGCACCCUUGGACGCUGCAUACGAGACCUGGCCCAUCUGGCCGUCGAACGCGGCCGAGGAGGCGAUCAUGAUGAUUACACCGCGCUCGCCGUCAGACCCAUCGGGCGUGUUGAGUGUCAUGUGCGGCAGCGCUUGGCGGAUGAGGUCGAGGGUGCCGCGCAGGUUGAUGUUGAGC